AUCUAUUUAUUAUAAUAAGUAUAAUUACAUUAAUAUUAUUUUUAUUUUGAUAAUAAUUAAUUUCAGUAUUAGUUAUUUUUAUUUUACAGUCUUAAAAACUGUUGUAGAUUAUACUUCUUACUAUUUAAGCUAAUAUUUUAGUGUUUUUUUCAUCAUGAUGCAUCCUAGUGAAAUAGAGUACAUGGCAGAAAAUGAAGUAAUCCAGAUAGUGCCAAAUUUUAAUAAUGCAAGUCAUAUUCAUUUAAUUUGUGGUUCAUUUGGACCCUUUCGAGCCGGAUUGCCCUCGCGAGUGCCUAUUUGGGCAGCAUUAAAUUUACGUCAAAAAAAAAUUUGCCGAAUUCUACCACCUGACUGGAUGAAUGUUGAAAAGUUGAAUGAAAAAAUCGAAGAAGAAAAGUCAUCUAAAUUCUUUACACAGUUGCCAUCAAAUUAUUAUUUGGAAAUAACUCAAAUGUUGUUAGCUGUAGCUAAUGAAGAUAUUCCUAAGGCAAAUGAGAUAAAAACAGCUGUUAAAGAUUUAUGGGAUUUAAGAAUUGCUAAACUACGUUCUUCAGUUGAUAUGUUCAUUAAAGAUGGUCGAGUUCAAGCUUCAUUAAAUCACUUGACCCCAAUGGAAAUUAAUUCUGUAAGACCUGUUUUUCCAGAUACAUUAGAUGCAUUAAUGACAUUGCAUGAACAUAUUAAUUCUAAUGAUGACAGAGAAAGUAGUCAAUCUACAAGAGCAACUCCUAGUACAUCAUCUUUAAAUUUUUCUAUGUAGUCAUAAAUUAUAAAUGUACAUCUCUGAUAUUUUUAAAAUGUAUUCUAUUAAUAGAAAUAUGUACACAUGUAAAUAAAGUUAUUAUUAAUACACUUGAAACUAUUAUUAAGAAUUAUUAUUAUUGAAUUUAAUUUAUAAUAUAUUUAAUUUUUUUAAUGAUA